AGAUGAAACAGGAAAAAUGCACAAACAACCAUUGUUAUGCAACUGUUAAUUAGCUUUUUUGAGUAUCGGCAUGAAAGGGACAAAGAGAAAACGCUAAUAAUGAUCGCUUAAUGAGAUGGAAAGUUAACUUCAAUUAGUUGGUCCAAUCGGUUGCUUUUUCCCAAUUGAAUGUACAGGAAACGGGUGGACUGGACGUGGAUAUUUCUAAGUCCAGGCCUGUUUUGUAUGAAUAAUGCACGCUCCUGCUUGGUACUCAUCUAAUUGAACGACCAUGUGACAGCUCUAUGAGUUUUUCAACAGUAUUUUAAGCACAUUGAGAUCGGGCAUUUACUAGUUUUAUUUAGCGCGGUGACCGUUUUUCGCCCAAAAUGCCUCCAAAGUGAUUUUUUAAGGAUGGACUGUUAAGUGAAUGCAAUGGAUAUAGUGAGAAAAUUUGACUUGGUAACUUUCAGUUUCUUGGUGCUUUUGAUGAUUGUGGCCAAUUUGGAAGCAGCUUUGUUGGGAGACCAUGUUUGCCAAAAGGAGAUUAUAGUUUCGGACCUAAUUCCCACAUGGACGCCGAAGAAUCAGACGAUAAGAACGUACCAGUGGUGCAUGAGUAUACCGCCUCGUUGUUCAGUCUACUCAACCAGAUUCGAGAAUGAAUUCCGACUUUCCUUCAUCAACGUUACCACUUCCAUUGAGACUUGUUGCGAGGGCUUCAAGGAGGAGAACAACGUCUGCGUAAGCAUCUGCGGAAACUGCCUGAACGGAUUAUGCUCCAAUAGCAGUUGCAUCUGUCGCAGUGGAUGGGAUGGACCAGAAUGCGAAAAUCCCAUUCUUCCCACUGAACUUUCCACAGUUGGUCCUCCUAAUGCCUCAACUGAAUCAACCCCUAAUAUCCAAAAGGAGUUUAGUUCCCUGUUGCCGUUUGCAACACCUACAACUCCACUAGACGGUAUUCAACAACUAAUUCCAGAACCUCCUGAAGACAUAUUAGACACAGAACUUCCUUUCAACCCUGCUUCAACUUCAAGCAUGGAAUAUUCCGAUAUUGAACUUGAAGGUUCUGGUUCAACGUCCAGAUCCACGUUGGAGGCGGAGGUUGCAGUUAAAAAACUGGAUGACAUUGAUGACAAGAAGGAAAAUCCCAGUGCAGAUGUCGACAUUUUUCAAGAAGAAACUAUUGUUCAAAGCACACCAACCCCCAUUUCGGUGCUAAUAAAGCCCCUUGCACAAGGGCAUAAGGAGGAACAGCGCAUUCCGAAGGAAGCCCUAAUGGGUCAAAAAUACGAAAAACGUGCGUCCAUGGAAAACUUGACGCAAAACAGUCGGUUUAGUGUAACCGAGGCUUCACAUCAGCACUUGAUCUACAGCAUAUGCGCAGCCAGCUUGAUCAGCUUUGUGGUAUUGGUGACGGUCGUCACCUUGUACGCAAUGAGAGCUUCCAGGAAGAAAAUUGAAACCUCGACAAAAAGCGUCCACCAGGAGAUGGCAACAGUGGCGGUUUACACCAGCAGUAUUUUCCAUUCUCCAUUACCAGAUCCUCCAAUAUUUGAGAAUCCCACCUAUUUAGCGGCAAUUUCCAGAGAACCUAAUUUGAACCGACUGGGGGUUGGCUUGGAUGCACCGGAGUUGAAUUUGUCCUAUCCAAAGCAGGCAAACCAUUUGAAAUCAGAUGUUCUACACUAUUUAUACGACCAUCCACCGUCGACAGGCAGCUACAGGGCGUCCUCAGAGGUGGACACUCUGUCUCAGUACAAUUUCAGCCAGAAGUAUCUGCCGGUAUCCAUUUCAGAGCCCGUCUAUGACGAAAUACCCUCCAAAGUGGAUGAGGUAGAGCCAAGAAAUGGAGAACCAAAAAAUGAUUCCGACAGAACCGCUGAUUCGCACUGUUUGUAUAUGAAUACUUGUGCCAGAACCAAGUUUUGAGAUCAGUAAAUUGAUAGAUUGGA